GGCUCCUUGCUGAUUGGCUGGCUGGGGACUCGGCCUCUGGGGACUGCGCAGCGGCCGCGCUGGCCCCUGUCCGGUCCUUCGGCCUUGCUCUCUGGGCUGCGAGCUCUCUAUGGUGCCGGCCACGACAUGUGGCGCCUGACAGGGCUCCUGGGGCGAGUUCUUCCCCGCCUGCUGGGACCUGGCUGCCGAGGAGUACCACCCAGGCCCACCAGUUCAGAUGGGCCUCAGACAACCUUCACUACCCCGCUGCUUCCUAAACCCAGCCUUGACAGGUCAGGCUCCUAUGGUCCAAGGAGAAAUGGAGACCCAAAGUGCCGUGGGUGGAAAGAUGCCUUCCACUGGAUGUCUGCUCCCGUCUCCCCAAACACUCUUCGGGAUGCCGUCUCAUGGGGCACUCUGGCCGUGCUGGCCUUACACCUGGCGAGGCAGAUCCACUUCCACGCACCCCUGGUAGCAGGGCCUCAGCCAGCCGACCGCUGCCCUUGGCGCGAUCCCCUGUACCGCUUCCUCCACUCUUCCUGGUGGCACCCACACUCCUCACUUCGGAGGCACGUUCUUCCCAGGCCUGACCACCCAGCUCCUACGUACACUGGCCUCAGGGAACCAAGGCUGGGUCAGAAAGAGCCCUCAGCUCAGAAGGGAGAAGUCAUAUCCUUCUCCUCUCCCUGACUGCCGAGUGUUGGCCUUUCCCUUGCAGAGCUCGGUGACUUUGACUUCCUGCAUGCCAGCGGGGACGUCACAUCCCAGGCAAAGGCAACCGAGGCCUGCCCUCCUGGAGCAAAAAAUGAACAAGACAAGCCCAAGGCUCUUCCCCUAGAGGAGGCUGUGUCUUCCAUCCAGGAACUCAUUCAGCUCAGCGUUGCCAUCGCUUUCAACUUCCUGGGGACAGAGAACAUGAAGACAGGGAACUACACAGCAGCCUUCUCUUACUUCCAGAAAGCCGCAGACCGUGGCUACAGCAAAGCGCAGUACAAUGUGGGCUUGUGUCUCGAGCAUGGCAGAGGCACCCCUAGGGACCUCAGCAAGGCGAUCCUCUUUUACCGCCUGGCCGCCACCCAGGGCCACAGCCUGGCUCGCUAUCGCUAUGCCCGGUGCUUGUUACAAAGUUCAGGCUCUUUGUCAGACCCUGAGGGCCAGAGGGCGGUGUCUAUGCUGAAGCAGGCUGCAGACUCUGGCUUGACCGAGGCCCAAGCGUUCCUUGGGGUGCUUUUCACCAAGGAGCCACACCUGGAUGAGCAGAGAGCCGUGAAAUACCUAUGGCUGGCAGCCAGCAACGGGGACUCUCAGAGCAGAUUCCACUUGGGAAUAUGCUACGAGCGGGGCCUGGGCGUCCGGAGGAAUCUGGGCGAGGCUGUGAAGUGCUACCAGCAGUCAGCAGCUCUGGGGAACGAACCCGCCCGGGAGAGGCUUCGGACCCUCUUUAACGUGGAGGCGGCAGCCCCAGGGCCCGGCCACCUGGCCACGACAGGACUGAAGUCUUUCUCCAGCCCCUCCCUCUGUAGCCUGAACACCCUGUUGGCAGGCGCCUCAGGCCUCCCUCAUGCCUCAAGCACUGGGAACCUCGGCCUCCUCUGCGGAAGGAACCAUCUUGGAGCCAGCCAUGGAGCCCCCAGCAGGGCUAAUCCAUCCUUGGAAAGGAGUCUCCUGAGACUGGGUUUCGGCUAAGACCUCUACCUGAAAGAUGGAGCCCAAGAGUUCUCAGAGAUAUCACAACUUGAAUCCCAGAGAAGAGGCCAGUUAGCUACUCACUUUCCUGGAACCUUCAGCACCUCCCCAGCACCAUAAAGAAGCGUGUAAAGACCUAGGUUCUGGCUCUGCCACUGGCCUGGCUCUGCCACCUGGAAGCAGUGACCUGAUUUUCUAACAUUAUUUUCUCAAUUGUAGACCAAGGACAGUAGCAUGUGCCUUUCUGCCUCAAAGGACUGACGUACAGCCACUUCACUGCAGAAAGGGCCUGAGUCCUUGCUUAGGUGCCUGAAGGUAGAGUGAUGCCCACAGUUCUAUGGCCUUAAGAGUCACCAGGGGCUGGGUGGUGGUGGUGGCGGCGGUUAAUCCCAGCACUUGGGAGGCAGAGCCAGGUGGAUAUCUGUGAGUUCGAGGCCAGCCUGGCCUACAGAGUGAGAUCCAGGACAGGCACCAAAGCUACACAGAGAAACCCUGUCUCGAAAAACAAAAAAACAAAACAAAACAAACAAACAAACAAAAAAAGAGUCACCAGACCCCCAGGCAUGAUUCGAGUGCCUUUAAUCCCAGCACUUAGGAGGCAGUGGCAGGGGGAUGUCUGUGAGUUCAAAGCCAGCCUGGUCUAUAAAGUGAGUUCCAGGACAGCCAAGGCUACAUAGAGAAACCCUGUCUCAAAAAGCAAAAAACAAAAAUGAAACAAGAAAAAAGAAACCUGAAUGAAGAUCGAAGCUGACAUCAUGACUCCAGCCCAGGCUUCUGGUCUCCCAGUUCCCACUGUGGUGGUGUUUGGAAACAUUAUCAUCACCCUGCAGGUGUGGGGUAUCAGUAGAGAUUAGGACCUGGAGUCUUGGAGUCAGAAAGUCGAGACUGUGAGUCCUUUUUGGGAAAGGUCAGGUAGGAAUAUACAAGUGUUUAAUAAAACAGCUGGUGGAUUAUCUCCUCA